AGAGCUAGGCCAAGAGAGUCAGCACUGGGCCUGGCCUGGGCUUGCAGAGCCGGACCCUGCAGCCCAACCCCGGUGGCGCGGGUGAGCAGAAGAAAGGGGACCUUUAUGUCUUUUUAAGGAGAAAGCACACAUUCUGCAAGACCAUGGAAACAAAGAGAGGAACUGUUUGUGGCCCUAGUCCAGAUGUCCCAAACAAACAGAAGAGGAAGAAAGGAGGUGGAGGGCAAACAGCCCUCUUCUAAAUGGUGCAAUUCAGAAGCUGUUCACUCAUUUCCCUGGCCAGAACGUGGGUGCUCUUAGCUAAGAUUCUGGCCCAUUCACAGAUAGCAUGAUGACCUUCACAAUCCGCCUGAAGUCCUGCCUUCCCUCCGCUGUAAGGACUUUGAUUCUACAGAAGAAAUCAAGCACCAGAAACAUGUCCAGCGUGGCUGGUGGGCUCCGGCCAGCCAGCGUGGUCGUCCUACCCAGGUCCCUCACUCUGGCCUUUGAAAGGUUCUGCCAGGCCAACAGUGGCCCUCUGCCUCUGCUGGGCCGAAGUGAGCCAGGCAAGUGGACACUGCCUACCCUGGGUGCUGUCCCAGACACCAGGACAGGCUGUCCCCAGUUCCUGAAAUAUGAGUUCGGUGUCUGCACGGACAGCCUGGCCUCGCUGGAAGAGUACUCGGAGCAGCUGAAGGACAUGGUGGCCUUCCUCCUGGGCUGCAGCUCCUCGCUGGAAGGGGCCUUGGAGCAGGUGGGGCUCCCCAGAGGAGACCCAGCAGGCCACGGCCACACAGGUGCAUACAAGACGACAGUGCCAUGCGCCACCGUGGCUGGCUUUUGCUGCCCUCUGGUGGUCACCGUGAGGCCCAUUCCCAAGGACAAGCUGGAGGAGCUGGUGCAGGCCUGCUGCUCCAUGGGGGCGGAGGGACAGCCCAUUCAUAUCGGGGACCCAGAACUGUUAGGAAUCAAAGAUCUUGCCAAACCUGACUACGGGGACCCUGUGGUGUGUCAGCCAGGGGAUGUCCCCGUGUUCUGGCCUUCUCAGAUGACCAGUCUCGAAGCUGUCAGCAGCUGCAGGACCCCACUGGCUUUUACCAGUGCGCCAGGUUGCACAGUUCUGACCAGCCUGAAGAAUACAGAGGGUCCAGCCAGCUGUCUCACCCCUGAGGGAAUUCCAGAGGUCCACUGCAUUUCCCAAGAUCCUUUGCACUACAGCAUUGCGUCAGCGCCAGCCAUUCAGAAGAUCAGAGAACUUGGGGCUCUAAUUGCCUUAGACCCAGGCAGUCGGGGAAUUGGGUACCUGCUCUGUGAAGAUGACCUGCUGCGGGCCUCCCUGUCUCUGUCCCAUGCCCGCUCAGUUCUCAUCACCACUGGGUUCCCCACGCACUUCACCCGAGAGCCUCCGGAAGAGACAGAUGGUCCCCCAGGGGCCAUUGCUCUGGCUGCCUUCCUGCAGGCCUUAGGGAAGGGGGUCUCCAUGAUGGUUGACCAGAGAGCCUUGGGUUUGUUCAAGAAGCUUGUCGAAGAGGCUGUUGAGCACGGUGUUCUGAAGACACAAGUUCCAUUAUUAACUUUCCCAGGUGGACCGGCAGGAACUGCUGAGGCAUUUCUCUGCAAAGACGGGGACCCCCAGUCACCGAGAUUCGACCAUCUGGUGGCAAUAGAGCGCGCAGGAAGGGCCGCUGAUGGCAACUACUACAACGCGAGGAAAGUGGACAUCAAGCACUUGGUUGACCCCGUUGAUGAUCUUUUCCUUGCAGCACGAAAGAUUCCUGGAAUCUCAUCAACCGGGAUCGGUGAUGGAGGCAAUGAACUUGGGAUGGGAAAAGUCAAGGAGGCCGUGAAGAGUCACAUACGAAAUGGGGAUGUCAUCGCCUGUGAAGUGGAGGCGGAUUUUGCUGUCGUUGCUGGUGUUUCUAACUGGGGAGGCUAUGCCUUGGCCUGUACACUAUAUAUCCUGAACUCAUGUGAGGUCCAUGGACGUUACCUGAGGAAGACACCUGGGCCCUCCAGAGCACCCGGGGAACAGAACUGGGCUCAAGCGCUCCCAUCUGUCGCUAAGGAAGAGAAAAUGUUGGGCAUCCUGGUACGGCACAAAGUCAGGAGUGGGGUCUCGGGCAACGUGGGCAUGGAGGUUGAUGGGCUGCCCUUCCAUGGCACCCACGCCCAGAUGAUCCAGAAGCUGCUGGAUGUCACCGUGGUGUGCGUGUGACCGUGCAUGUUCCACGGGUGCCUGGAUCUGGAGAAGAGGCUCCAAAGGCCCCAGCUUCUGUCCACAACAGCUUUGCAAAUAAACACUGGCCCCGGGUGAGCAACACACUC